GGCGGAGUCGCCAGAGAGGCUUUUUCUGUCGUCUCUUGGUGCCUCCAUCUUCCACACUGCAGUGAACGGCAAAGAAAGAAGAUGGCGGCUCCAGGAAGGUAUUAUAACGACGGUGGCCGUGCCCCCAAACGACAGAAGACCGAUAAUAACAACGAUGGAAUUGCUGGUGAUGGUUAUGAUGAUCCACACAAGACCCUUCCUUCUCCAGUUGUCCACGUGAGAGGGCUUGUCGAUGGUGUAAUGGAGGCUGAUUUGGUGGAGGCACUGCAGGAGUUUGGGCCCAUCAGUUACGUUGUGGUGAUGCCGAAGAAGAGACAGGCACUAGUUGAAUUUGAAGACUUAAAUGGAGCGUGUAAUGCUGUAAACUAUGCCUCCGAUAAUCAAAUUUAUAUUGCUGGACAUCCAUCUUUUGUUAACUAUUCCACAAGUCAGAAGAUUUCUCGUCCCGGAGACUCCGAUGACUCUCGAAGUGUAAACAGUGUGCUGUUGCUUACAGUUAUGAAUCCGAUUUAUCCCAUUACAACGGAUGUUCUUUACACCAUCUGCAACCCCUGCGGACCAGUGCAGAGAAUUGUCAUUUUCAGGAAGAAUGGUGUCCAGGCCAUGGUUGAAUUUGAUUCUGUUCAAAGUGCACAGAGGGCAAAAGCCUCUCUUAAUGGAGCUGAUAUAUACUCCGGGUGCUGCACCCUUAAAAUUGAAUAUGCUAAGCCAACGCGUUUGAAUGUAUUUAAGAAUGACCAAGACACAUGGGACUAUACCAAUCCAAAUCUCAGUGGUCAAGAGAUGAACUCAAACCCAAACAAAAGGCAAAGACAGCCAGCUCUUCUGGGUGACCACCCUCCAGAAUAUGCAGGUGGCCCUCAAGGAAGUUACCAUGGGCAUUAUGAUGACAAUUAUGGCCCUCCCCCACCACCUCAUUAUGAAAGUCGUAGAAUGGGUCCCCCUAUGGGAGGACCACGCAGAGCUCAUAGCCAGCGUUAUGGGGGUCCACAAUAUGGUCAUCCUCCUCCACCCCCACCACCACCUCCAGAGUAUAGUCCUCAUGCUGACAGCCCUGUACUUAUGGUGUAUGGCUUAGAGCCAAGCAAGAUGAAUGCAGAUCGGGUCUUCAAUAUCUUUUGCCUGUAUGGUAAUGUUGAAAGGGUAAAGUUCAUGAAGAGCAAACCUGGCGCUGCCAUGGUUGAAAUGGGAGAUUGCUUUGCUGUUGACCGUGCAAUCACACAUCUCAACAAUACUUUCUUAUUUGGUCAGAAGCUUAAUGUCUGUGUUUCGAAGCAGCAGGCAAUCAUGCCAGGUCAGUCAUACGAGUUAGAGGAUGGGAGCAACAGUUUUAAAGACUUUCAUGGGACGCGAAACAACCGCUUCACUUCACCUGAGCAGGCAGCAAAAAACCGCAUUCAGCACCCCAGUAAUGUGCUGCAUUUCUUUAAUGCGCAGCCUGAUGUUUCUCAAGAUAUAUUUAACAAACAGAUCUGUGAUGAACUUGGAGUGAAGCAUCCGUCUUCUGUGAAGCUGUUUUCUGGAAAAAGCGAGAGGAGUAGUUCUGGUCUGCUGGAAUGGGAAUCAAUCAAUGAUGCAAUGGAAGCUCUGGCCCUGAUGAACCAUUAUCAAAUGAAGAACCCUAAUGGUCCAUACCCUUAUACCCUCAAGCUGUGUUUCUCAACUGCGCAACAUGCAAACUGAGUCGUCGGUGCCCUUUGUUGGAGAAGACUACCACCACCACUUUGAUGCCCUCCCACUGACUCUGCUUUGUUUUUACCUUUUUAUUUUUUUUUUAUUUGUGUUUUGUAGGCAGUAUAUGUUCCUAACAGCGGAGCAGACCCAUUUGACCAGAAAGUUAGUUUUGAAGUUUUUAGAAGAUGUUUUGUACAAAUUGUCCCUUGUAAUUCUGUCUUGGUUUUUUUUUUUUUUUUAAUUUUGACUUGGCUAUUGCUGUGUAUGUUUCAGCACUACAAAUAAAGUUGUCAGGUGUA